UUGCCGAAGGGGUCUCAUGCAUCUCGUAGGCUUACGGAAAAGUGUGCUCAGAUACAUCCAAACCUCUAAAUCUCACUGAGGGGGUUGCAGUCUUUUAAACUCGGUAUGUAAAGGUUAUCCGUUAAUCUUAAAGUGACAUGUAGCAGGUUUCGACUCGCGCUGUCCCAGUCAAAGCACACCGAUUUCGGGAGAGUUGGCACGAGGGUUGCAGUCGCGCUCCUGUUUUAGUCAACUUGAGAAAGACUGAACGCAAACGAAAUGGCAUCAAAAAGAAAGUCCUAUUCUGCAGAUUACAAACUGCAGGUAGCAAAACAUGCCGCCGAAAACGGUAAUCGAGCAUCAGCAAGACAGUUUGGGGUGAAUGAGAAGCUUGUGCGGGACUGGCGUAAAGCAGAGGCUACUCUUGCUGCCAUGAAGAAAACCAAGAAAGCUAAUCGCGGCCAAAAGGCAAGAUGGCCCGAACUAGAGGAACGAGUCCACCGCUGGGCGCUUGAACAACGUGCUGCUGGGAUUUGCUUGUCAGCGGUGGAGUUGCGUCUCCAAGCCCUGGUAGUUGCCAAAGAGAUGAAUAUAAUUGGCUUCAUGGCCGGGCCGUCUUGGUGUACCCGCUUCAUGCGACGCAGCAGCUCCGUCAGACCGCGGGCGACGUUGUGUCAGAAACUGCCAGAACACCUCCAGGCCAAGGUCGACAGUUUCCGUGAGUUAGUUGAAAAGCAGAUGAAGAUGGUUAGUCAGCACAUGGACUUGAAUCACAAGCAAGCCUGCAUCGACCUGGAGAAGGCGACCCAAGUCAUCACACAAGCAUUACAGCGUGAAGUAGUUCGGAGCCAGCAGCUCCGCGUGUUGAUUCGUCGUCUGGAGGAGAAGGAGGCGGAGACUGGGCGGAGCUUGAAAAAGCAGGCGGAGUCAAACAAGCAGCUGAUGCUGAUGAUCGUUGAACUGCAGAGACACCUGGAGGAGAACAACUCGCUAGCACAGGCCAACCAGACUGUGACUUUCCUGAAGAACGAGCUAAGGGAGCUGCAUCAACAUCUGCAAAGUCAACCAUGUAUUAGGACGGGUCAGGAGGUGGAUGAGUGGCCACAGGGUGGAGAGAGCCAGAUCAAGCCAAUCAGUGGUCCCAGCUCUCCUCUCCAAUCAGAUCAGCUGAUAGCUGAGGAGCCGCUGGUCUGGCUGGAGUCGUCUGACGAUCAGAUUCCACCAUUCACGUCUGACGAUCAGAUUCCACCAUUCACGUCUGAUGAUCAGAUUCCGCUGGUGUCAUCUGAUGAUCAGGCGCUUCCGGAAGCUCCAGCUCUACUCUCUGGAGUUAAAGAAGAAAACGCUGCUCCUGGAUAUGAGGAGGGCAGUCAGUAUGAGCCCAGAAUGGAGUGUACUGUCCCUUCGGCUGCAGAGAUGUCAGACGUUAAACUGGAACAGAGACAGACUCCGCUGGUCACGUCUGACAGUCAGAGGCUGCUGGAGGCUCCAGUCUCUGAAGAUGAAGAUGAUGAAGAGUAUGGAGAGUACAGUCAUUCAGGGAAAAUGUCGUCUCCCUCCCCUUCAAGCACGCACACCAGGGAGCGGCUGUUCUGCUGUUCUCAGUGUGGCAAGAGUUUCCCUCUGCAGAAGCAUCUCGAGGAUCACAAGCGCAUCCACACAGGAGAGAAGCCUCACCGCUGUACCCAAUGUGGCAAGGGCUUCACUCAGAAGGGAAACCUCACACUGCACCGGCGCAUUCACACAGGAGAGAGACCAUACCAAUGCACUCAGUGUGGGAAGAGCUUCACUCAGAAGGGAUCUCUUAAAGUACAUCUGCACAUCCACACAAGAAAGAAGCCAUACCAGUGCACUCGGUGCAGCAAGACUUUCGCUCAAGCCAGUAAACUCAAACAACACCAGCUCAGUCACACAGGAGAAGGGUAGUCGCACAGCACUUUGGAGAGAAACUCUUGCCUCACAGAGGUCAUACUCACACAGCACCAGUGCAACUCUCACAACGUGGUGUGCUGUGAAGUUACCCUCCACUCCACCGGGUGGCAGUAGUCUGUGUAGAGUGUCUACAGUCUCAACUUUGGAUGCGGUUAUCUUAGCGAUAGUUAUACCCUUGAUAUACAUAUCGUUGGAAUGCUUAGUUUAUGGCCGUUCAUGUCAGCACAACAGCUUAAUUUUGUAUAUUUUACCAAAGCGGCUGGUUUCGCCUUGCAGGGUCACAUUUGAUACUACCGGAAAACACAAAGUAGGGCAUUACGCUUCCCACAGUUUACAUUGUAAACCACUUUCAAAGUUUACAAUGCCUCGGCUUGUCUGUAAGGACCCUAUUUACGCUGCCAUUGAAGUCCACUGGGCUGGAGAGAGGCCUCAUGGGAAGUGGAGUCUUUUUGGACUUGAGUUGGAACUGCUGAUGGUGUUGCCUGGCACUGGAGCGUCUCUACAAACGACUGUAAAUGACUGUACAGAUGACUGUAUAAACGACUGUGAAUGACUGUAAAUUACUGUACAAAUGACUGUAAAUUACUGUACAAAUGACUGUAUAACCUGGAUUGAACUCCGUCCUGCUGUUCAUAUUUUGCUAUCUGCCUUACCGGAUUUUUCCUAUAAGGACACAUUCGGCAGGGCAGAAUAGUGGUUUUGUAUUGCAAAGGCCCCGUGACCUUACAGACUUUCACAUGCCUUCCUUUAUAUUCGCCAUCUGUAAAGGUUGUCACAGGAGACGAUUACGAGCUGAUAUAUAGUCAUGGCUGAAAUUGUUGGCACCCCAUGCUAAAUCUUUUGGAAAAUGACCUUAAUGCCAUAAGUAAUAAAAUUAGGAUACAUCCAACCUUUAAGGACACCAAUUUUCUUUGUGAACGAAUAAUGUAUCAUAAAUAAAUAAAUGUUCCUCCUUAAAAUACUGGGGUCGUAAGUAUUGGCACCCCUGUGUAACCCUAUGGGAAUUUAACACAUAGGGUCAACAUAGGGGCAGGCCAAUUUUUAUUUUUAAAGGCCACUUAUUUCAUGGAUCCAGGAUACUAUGCAUCCUGAUCAAGUUCCCACUGCCUUUAGAACUAAAAUUGCCACACAUCAUCACACACCCUUCACCAUAUCUAGAGAUUGGCAUGGUGUUUUGUUCAGUUAGUUUAUUAGCCUGUUUGAUGCUCAUUGAGCUCAAUGCAAAUCUGCUAAUGGGCUAACUGAACAAAACUGAACAUAACACCACGCCAAUCUCUAGAUAUGGUGAAGGGGGUGUGGUGAUGAUG